AAUUUUACGACAAGACACACCGCAUGGCACAAAAAUUAAUUAUUUUAAAUCACGUGUUUUAGAUGAUACUGAACGUGAUUCUAGUUUUGUUGUCGAAACUGAUCAUAAACCACUUGAAAAUUUUCAUAAUAAACAAAUCAGUAAUAAACGAGUGAUGAAUUGGCUUUUUAAAUUACAAGACCUUUUGCCACAAAUUAUUGCAGUCAAACACCGUGCAGGUGCAACGAACGCUGCUGCCGAUUAUAUUUCACGACAUUUUCCUCCAUCAGAAUCUACCAACAUUAAUCCAUCUACAAUAAAUGUAACAAAUGAUGAUUGGCCAAUUGGUACUGAACAUUGGUAUGAAGAAGUACCCAAACCACAACGUCCGUCCUUUAUUCAGCAACCUAUUUCAAACAACACUUGUAUUCGCAAGGCGAACAUCAAUGCAGAAAUUAAUGCUGUUACAACAAGAGCACAAUCAAAACUUCAAGCUCAACCACGUUCAUCUUCAGCAAAUACAUCACCUACAUCUCAAUCUACGUCACAGGACGUAAUUAUUCAACAAAUAAUUCAACAAAUUCGAAAUAAUCGUCGUUAUGAAUCGUUUAUUAUUCAACAUGGUAUUCUGUAUAAAUUAGCUGUCCGCGCUGAUACUACUAUUAAACUUGUUUAUGCACCUUUGAAAUUAAUUCCAGAAAUAAUGGCUGCUUAUCAUGAUCAUCCAUUAAGUGGUCAUUUUGGUACCGGACGUACAUGGUCUAUGUUAAGAAACACAUAUUAUUGGCCACGUAUGAAAGAAACAAUAAUAUCUUAUAUUAAAUCAUGUGAUAAAUGUUCACAAUUUAAUGUGGAUCGGCAUAAACCUCCAGGAUUUUUACAACCUAUUCAGCCACCUAAUGAAGUUUUUCAAGUACUAGAAGCAUUAGCUAUUUUUUGGUGCAUAUCUGAACUUCGAUCAUACAUAGGUGAUUCUAGUUUUAUUGUCGAAACUGAUCAUAAACCACUUGAAAAUUUUCAUAAUAAACAAAUCAGUAAUAAACGAGUGAUGAAUUGGCUUUUUAAAUUACAAGACCUUUUGCCACAAAUUAUUGCAGUCAAACACCAUGCAGGCGCAACGAACGCUACUGCCGAUUAUAUUUCACGACAUUUUCCUCCAUCAGAAUCUACCAACAUUAAUCCAUCUAUAAUAAAUGUAACAAAUGAUGAUUGGCCAAUUGGUACUGUACAUUGGUAUGAAGAAGUACUCAAACCACAACGUCCGUCCUUUAUUCAGCAACCUAUUUCAAACAACACUUGUAUUCGCAAGGCGAACAACAAUGCAGAAAUUAAUGCUGUUACAACAACAGCACAAUCAAAACUUCAAGCUCAACCACGUUCAUCUUCAGCAAAUACAUCACCUACAUCUCAAUCUACAUGUUCUUCUCCGCCGCUGACUACUCCAUUGCAUGAUUUUAGUUUAUCACGGAUACGUUCUGAACAAGCACAGGACGCAUUUAUUCAACAAAUAAUUCAACAAAUUCGAAAUAAUCGUCGUUAUGAAUCGUUUAUUAUUCAACAUGGUAUUCUGUAUAAAUUAGCUAUCCGCGCUGAUACUACUAUUAAACUUGUUUAUGCACCUUUGAAAUUAAUUCCAGAAAUAAUGGCUGCUUAUCAUGAUCAUCCAUUAAGUGGUCAUUUUGGUACCGGACGUACAUGGCCUAUGUUAAGAAACACAUAUUAUUGGCCACGUAUGAAAGAAACAAUAAUAUCUUAUAUUAAAUCAUGUGAUAAAUGUUCACAAUUUAAUGUGGAUCGGCAUAAACCUCCACGAUUUUUACAACCUAUUCAGCCACCUAAUGAAGUUUUUCAAGUACUAGGUAUGGAUUGGUGGGGACCCACCACCACUUCGCUUUCUAGAAAUCGAUAUGUUUUAGUUAUAACUGAUCGUUUAUCUGGUUAUGUUUUUGCUAAAGCAUCACCUACAAAUACAGCUCAAGAUACUGCUCGCAUCUUAAUGGAAGAAAUUAUCUUAGUUCAUGCUAAAGCCAACUUUCAAGUUAAUCCUGACAAAUGUUCCAUUGCUGUUCAAGAAAUCGAUUUUUUAAGCCAUACAAUCAAUGAACAAUGCAUUAAACCUAAUGGUGAUAAAAUUAAAGCUAUUGUCGAUUUACCAACUCCAAAAACACUUAAAGAAGCCAAUGAAUUUUUAGGAAAAAUUAAUUGGUAUAGAAAGUUUAUUCCUAAUUUUGCUCGUAUAGCGGCACCAUUACACAAAGUUACCAACAAAACAAAACAUCAUCGUCAUGACUUUAAAUGGGGACCUGAUCAACAACAAUCAUUUGAGGAAUUUAAACGUCUGCUGACAACAUAUCCAUUAUUUUUAGAAUAUCCAGAUUUAUCAACCCCAUUUGUUCUAACAACUGAUGCAUCAAAUAUCGGAAUAGGUGGAAUUUUACGACAAGAUACACCGAAUGGCACAAAAAUUAAUUAUUUUAAAUCACGUCUUUUAAAUGAUACUGAACGUAAAUAUGAUACAAUUGAACAAGAGGCAUUAGCUAUGUUUUGGUGCAUAUCUGAACUUUGCUCAUACAUAGGUGAUUCUGAUUUUAUUAUCGAAACUGAUCAUAAACCACUCGAAAAUUUUCAUAAAAAACAAAUCAAUAAUACACGAGUAAUGAAUUGGCUUUUUAAAUUACAAGAUAUGCUGCCACAAAUUAUUGCAGUCAAACAUCGCCCAGGUGCACAUAACGCAGCUGCUGAUUAUAUUUCACGACAUUUUCCACCAUCAGCAUCUACCAACAUUAAUCCAUCUACCACAGCUGUAAUAUAUGAUGAUUGGCCAAUUGGUACUGAACAUUGGGAUGACCAAGUACCCAAGCCACAACGUACACAAUGUCCUCAGCCAUCUAUUUUAGAACACACUUGUACUCGUACUGCGAGUAUCAAUGCAGAAAUUAAUGCUGUUACAACCAGAGCACAAUCAAAACUUCACGCUCAACCACAUUCCUCUUCACCCAAUACAUCAUCCACAUCAACUACAUCUCAAUCCACGUGUUUGUCUCCGCCGGUCACUACUACAUUACAUGAUUUUAGUUUAUCACGUAUACGUUCUGAACAAGCACAGGACGUAAUUAUUCAAAAAAUAAUUCAACAAAUUCGAAAUAAUCGUCGCUAUGAAUCGUUUAUUAUUCAGCAUGGUAUUCUGUAUAAAUUAGUUAGACGCGAUGAUACUACUAUUAAACUUGUUUAUGCACCUUCGAAAUUAAUUCCCGAAAUAAUGACUGCUUAUCAUGAUCACCCAUUAAGUGGUCAUUUUGGUACUGGACGUACAUGGUCUAUGCUAAGAAACACAUAUUAUUGGCCACGUAUGAAAAACACAAUAACAUCUUAUAUUAAUUCAUGUGAUAAAUGUUCACAAUUUAAUGUGGAUCGGCAUAAACCUCCAGGACUCUUACAACCUAUUAAACCACCGAAUGAAGUUUUUCAAGUAUUAGGUAUGGAUUGGUGGGGGCCCACCACCACUUCGCUUUCUGGAAAUCGAUAUGUUUUAGUUAUCACUGAUCGUUUAUCUGGUUAUGUUUUUGCUAAAGCUUCACCUACAAAUACAGCUCAUGAUACUGCUCGUAUAUUAAUGGAAGAAAUUAUCUUAGUUCAUGGUUCACCUGACACAAUUAUUACUGAUCAAAGAACACACUUCAAGAACGAACUCUUACAAGCUAUUUCACAUUUAGUUGGUUGUAAACACAUUUUUUCGACACCAUAUCAUCCACAAACAAAUGGGCAAACUGAACGAUGGAAUUCGACAUUCGUAACACAAAUCGCCAAAUAUUGUAAUACUGAUCUAAACAAUUGGGAGACAUUUUUACCAUCUAUCGUUUGUGCUUACAAUAAUGGUAUACACAGCUCAACUGAAAUUAGUCCAUAUCAACUAGCAUUCGGACGACGACCACGUCAUCCAUUUACUCCUCCUGCAACUACAUUCGUUUUCAGCAAACCACAUGAUUAUUGGACGCAAGUGAUACAAUACAGAAAUGCAGCUUUAAAACAAGCAAAACAACAUAUAAUACAUCAACAAGAACUAUCAAAAACUCGUUUUGAUAAAAAUCGAUCGCAUCCAACUUUCGUUCUAGGUGACCUUGUAUGGAUAAAAAAUUUUGUUGGACGGCACAAACUUACAGCUCGAUACACGGGUCCGGCUCGAAUCGUUCGAAUUCUCUCCCCGGUAUCAUUUAUAGUUGAAGAUGAACAUUUACAGCAAUUUCAAGUGCAUUCAAACAAUAUCAGACGUGUAUAUUCUCGUUAA